CCGAACCGAACCUUUGCCAUCUGUGGAAAGAAUCGUAUGUCAGGUCAGGGAUACCUCACAUGGAAGAGGCAUGCAACAGGCCAUUCCCUGGGCAUGCGUAGUAUCUGUCUAAAUCAAGGAAACGCAGUGAAUGUACAGCUGUACAUAAUGCUGUUGCUGCUGCUCUACUUUCACACACUGCCCGCGGAGUACGUACCGUACGCUCUCAAAGAGCAGAGCGAAGCGAAGCGAAGGAGAGAGCGUCGGAGCGAGUUAGAGAGAGAGUGGCAUUAGAAGAGAGAGCGAGGCGAGCGACUGCUUCAUGGGUUUGAUGAGACUGCUUCGAUUGCUCGCUCGACCAUUUGUGGCCACUUUUUGUUUGGGUUUUGCUUUUGCUGUUGCUGCCGCUCCAGCUGUUGACGAAGGUCUCUGUCUGCUCGCAGUGCUGUUGGCCUCCACUCCAGUCCACACCGCUCCGCCUCUAAUUCAAUUCGCGUUCUUCCGCAAAAAUAAAACAAUAAGAAAGAGAAAAUGAGCUGGCAAUUGCACAAGCGUCAAAACUGAGCAGCCGAAACAUCAGUCACCAACGGGACAGCAAAAACAGCAGCAGAAGGGUAAGCAGUAAGCAGUAGUAGCAUCAGCAGCAGCAGCAGCCCGGAGAGAAACAGAAACAUCGAAGACAACAAUUUGCCACGACGAUGCCACCGCACAAGUGGACGGACGAGACGCGGGACGCUUCUUGCUACUACGGGGACGCGGAUGAUGCUGCCAAUAGGCGGCACCACUCCUCCUCUUCCCUCGACGACGAUGACGACGAUGAUGAUGCGGAUGACGAGCAGGAGGCGUUCUGCGCGGGCGACAGGCCGCUCAUUAGGGGCGUCGGCGGUGGCGGUGGCGUUGGUGGUGCGGCCGCAGCGGGGGCCGAGGGCAGCGACGGCUGCGGCCUUAAGACACGCAACAUUUUCGGCCUGAUGGGAUUCCUGGGCUUCGCCGUGGUCUAUGCCAUGCGGGUGAACCUGUCGGUGGCCAUUGUGGCCAUGGUCAACCAGACGGCCAUUCCUCACAGUAACGGCUCUGUGGUGGACGAUGACACGUGCCCCAUGCCGGAGCCGGGGCGCAACGACAGCGGCCACCGGAUGCCCGAGGGCGAGUUCGUCUGGGACGAGGCCACCCAGGGCCUGGUGCUGGGCAGCUUCUUCUACGGCUACGUGCUCACCCAAGUUCCCGGCGGACGCAUGGCCGAGCUAAUUGGCGGAAAACUGAUAUACGGAUACGGCGUGCUGGUCACGGCCAUCUUCACGCUCCUCACGCCGCUGGCGGCGCGCUGGGACCUGCCGCUGCUUAUCCUGGUGCGCAUACUUGAGGGCAUGGGCGAGGGCGUCACAUAUCCGGCCAUGCACGCGAUGCUGGCCCACUGGAUACCGCCGUUGGAGCGCAACAAAUUCGCGGCAAUUGUCUAUGCUGGCUCCAACAUCGGCACCGUGAUCUCCAUGCCCCUGGCCGGAUGGCUCUGCUCGCUAGACUUCCUAGGCGGCUGGCCCUCGGCCUUCUACAUCUUUGGGCUUCUGGGCAUCCUGUGGUUCGGCUGCUGGAUGUAUCUGGUGUACGACAGGCCCAGCCUACAUCCGCGCAUCUCCCUCAAGGAGCGGGAAUACAUCGAGAGGAGCCUUCGCACUCAGUCUCUGAUCAGCCAGCAUGAUGAGGAGGAUGGGGAGGAGGAGGGCGGCGGCGAAGAGGAUGGGGAAGGCGUUCGACUGCGACAUGGAGAGGAUGACAGCAUACCCUGGCGCUCUCUGCUCACCUCGGUGCCGCUGUGGGCCAUCUUGCUGACGCAGUGCGGCCAGGCCUGGGCCUUCUACACGCAGCUGACGGAGCUGCCCACCUACAUGAGCAACAUCCUGCACUUCGACAUCCAGUCGAAUGCCCUGCUGAACGCUGUGCCCUACCUCACGGCAUGGUUUGUGGGCAUCGCCUGCUCCGCCCUGGCCGACUGGAUGCUGGCCAGGCGCUACAUUUCGCUGAUCAACUCCUACAAGCUGUGGAACACGGUGGCCUCCGUCGUGCCCUCACUGGGCCUGAUCGGCAUCAUUUACGUGGGCUGCGACUGGGUAUGGGUCACCUUCAUGCUGGCGGGCGUCGGCUCCUUCGGCGGCGCCGUCUACGCCGGCAAUCAGAUGAACCACAUUGCACUGAGUCCACGCUACGCGGGCACCAUGUACGGCAUCACCAAUUCGGCGGCCAACAUCUGCGGCUUCUUGGCUCCCUAUGUAAUCGGGCUGAUCAUCAAUCACCGCGAGACCCUCUCCCAAUGGCACAUUGUCUUCUGGCUGGCCGCAGCUCUCAAUAUUGGCGGAAACUUUAUCUAUCUAAUCUUUGCCAAUGCCGACGAGCAAAGCUGGUCGCGUGCUGGUCGUCGCAGAGGCACGGGCUCGAGGGCAUCAUUGCGCACCUAGCGGGAACUGAGGCGCCAGGGUGAGCGCCAUGUACCUAAAGAAAGCAUCGCUAUACAGUUAGAGAAUAAGCAUGUGUGAUAAUUCCAAAUAUCCAAAAUCCAGGCAGAAGAUAUUGGAAUAUACCAGUGGAAUAUAUGUGUGUGUAGUUAUAGGACAGUAUUGAUGUAGCUUCCAGUUGAAACCUAUGAAACUCUAGUGCUACCAGGAGGAGGGUGCAUCAGGAGCAACCUCUUCCAUCUCCUUCUUGAUGUUAACUGUUUUAGUAGAUACAAUCUAUAUAUAUGUAUGUGUAUAUUUAUGUGUAUUUGGUGUAUCGUUUUAUAUGAACUUUGUUUUGCUAGGCGGCUUUUUUUUAUAUAUACAUACCUACUAUAUGUAUAUAGGUACGGAGCAUCAUACAUAGAUACUAUAUAUACUAUAAUAAUACGAUGAUAUAUACAAUCCGGACGGACAAUGAUAAGUUUGGUUCUCAGCCUCGGGUUUAGCCUGGGACACACACAAUAUAUGUGUUUGUAUAUGUAUAUAGCUUUAGAAUGAAAUUAUACACAUCCUAUACACAACAUACAUACCAAGUAUAGAACUAGUUCGAAGUAAGAAGUAAAUAAAUGUUGUUUACAUAGUAC